AUGUCAUCGGAAGAUCAAGAGAAAGAAGUUUCAUCGAGUGAAUCGAGUGAAUCAACCGAUUCGAAAGAAGAGAAGAGUGCUGAGAGUACUACUAGUACUGAGAGUAGUGAAAGUAGUGAAGAAAUUAAAGAAACCAACGACACACCAACACAACUUACCACAGAAGAAAAGCUACAACCAACAACUUCCACUCAAAAGUCAUUACAAGAGGACGAUACAAAGAAUCAAAAGAAACAAAACCCUACCUCGACUCAAGAAGACCCCGCAUACAAAUAUAUAUAUAAUGUCUUUGUCACUCGUUUACCUAAAGAAAUCACACACGACACCUUCUUGGAAUUUUUUAAAGAAUACAACCCAACGUCUUGUCGUCUUCCCUUAGACGCUUCACACCAAUCAAAAGGGUUUGGCUUCUUAGAAUUUGCAACGGAGGCGGACAAAAACCGGAUGUUAGCCAACAAAGAUCGGAUGAAGAAGUUCCGUGGACAUAAGAUUUUAAUUCAAGAAUCCGAAACAAAGAAGUUAUUCAUUAAUAAGAAAUGUUUCAUCUGUGGGGAAGUCCACGACUCAGCUAAUUGCCCACAUAAAAACGAUCAAAACUUCUCAAAACAAGACCGUCCCUGUUUUAAAUGUGGGUGGCCCGGUCAUAUCAGUAAAGACUGUCCGUACUAA